UUUAGCUUCAGUUUCAAAUAAUUUAGGUUUUCUCCGCCGUCAAUGAGUCGCAGAGGAGACAGCGAUGAAGACAGCUGUGGUACACGGAGAGUCGCGUACGUUUACAGUCCGGAGUACAUCGAGACUUGCGACACUUUAUCCAAAGUGCCAAACCGGGCGAGUAUGGUCCACUCACUGAUAGAAGCCUACGGGCUGCUCGAACAUAUGAGCGUUGUGAAGCCUCGUGCAGCCACCAUAGAGGAGAUGGCCAAGUUCCACACUGAUUCCUACCUGGAGCAUCUUCAUAAAAUCAGCCAGGACGGAGACAACGACGACCCCCAGUCAGUCGACUAUGGCCUGGGUUACGACUGCCCAGUGGUGGAGGGGAUAUUUGACUAUGCAGCAGCAGUCGGGGGCGCCACACUGACCGCAGCCCAGUGUCUGCAGGACCAAAAGUGUGAAGUGGCCAUCAACUGGGCAGGAGGUUGGCACCACGCUAAGAAGGAUGAGGCGUCAGGUUUCUGUUACGUGAACGACGCUGUGCUGGGAAUCCUCAAACUGAGAGAGAAAUAUGAGCGCGUCCUCUACGUGGACGUCGACCUGCAUCAUGGAGACGGUGUGGAAGAUGCCUUCAGCUUCACAUCCAAAGUUAUGACCGUCUCUCUGCACAAGUUCUCCCCUGGAUUCUUCCCAGGUACGGGUGACCUGUGUGACACAGGGCUGGGUAAAGGUCGUUGGUACGCCGUGAAUGUCCCGCUGGAGGACGGCAUCAAGGAUGACAGAUACUACCAGAUUUUUACCAGUGUGAUGCAGGAAGUGCGGGCGCAGUUUAACCCGGAGGCGGUGGUGAUGCAGCUGGGUGCCGACACGAUGGCGGGCGACCCCAUGUGCUCUUUCAACAUGACCCCGGUGGGGGUGGCCAAGUGUCUGCAGUAUGUCCUGCAGUGGCAGCUACCUACACUGCUGCUGGGAGGAGGGUGUUAUAAUCUGGCUAAUACGGCUCGCUGUUGGACUUACCUGACGGCGGCGGUGCUGGGAAAGACUCUUUCCUCUGAGAUACCAGACCACGAGUUUUUCACAGAAUACGGACCCGACUACUCGCUGGAGAUCAGCCCGAGCUGUCGACCAGACCGCAACGACACCAAACACCUGGACCAGGUCAUCAGCACCAUCAAAGGGAAUUUAAAGAAUGUGAUUUAGGAGCCGGCAGCCUCAACCUCCUCCGCACACGCACACACACACACACACACACACACUCACACACACAAACCAUGUUUCCAAUCCAGGUCGAUGCUCGGCGGCUUUAAUGAAGACAAUAUGGAGCGGACCCCUUCGGCCCCGAGGCACGGAGCGAACGAGGGAGGGAUGAAGGCAGGAAAAAGAGAGCGAGGGAAGGUUUUGGAAAACAUUAGCUGAGUGU